UAUUUUUUUGGUUAGCCCAUCCGCCAGGUAAAGUUUAUUUUUAAUUAAAUCUUACAAACAAUUGAAUAAAAUUUUUCGUCGAAUCUGUACGAUUGCGAAUUACGACAAGAAAUAGAAAUGUAUAGAAAAUCUUUUACGAAUAUUCCUUCGGAGGAACAAAUCGUGGCGGAAAAAGUGAGGAAAAGUGAGUGGAAGCUGGCGAUAUGUGGCUUAGUAUUCUCCGCAUCUGUAAUUACAGCCAAAUUGAUAUGCAAUAAUGUGCAAAACCUACAUGAUCUAGUAUAUGAAAGGAACCUGGUCACUUACGAGCAUGUGACUGAAAGUGGUCAGAUUAUGAUGAGACAUGUAUGGGAGGAAUCCAUCAGACACAGUGGUCUUUGGCUUCCUUUAGUAUGUGGCUUCAUUGCAACAUACAUUACAUGGGUAAUGGUUUAUCUUGAUUCUGAUGUACCAGGUGUACAGCCUCCAAGUCCUCUUUCACCUACAACAAUUAAGAUGCAAUCUGGACACACAUUUCAUUUAAAUUACGUUUUUGCUGUUUUAAUUGGCAUAUUUGUCACUAGUUAUAUGUAUAUGAAAGGAAUCAAUUUAGGGUACUAAUCAAAAUUUGCAGUAUUAUAACAUGGGAUUAAUCUUUCUUUUUUUUUGUAUAAGAU